AUGGCGAACGAUGUAGGGAUGUGGAAUGUCCUUGUCAUGGGCUUUUCCUUUAUGUUUAUGUUCACAGCCUUUCAAACGACGAGCAUGAUCGAGGUAAGUCCAUUUAUAACUAAUCUGCAUCCACUCUCGCAUGAAAUUGACACAGCAUUCCAAGAGAGGGAGUUUUUUUGGCGGUAAAUUCACGUGAUGCACGAAGGAAGUGAAUUGCACAUGGUCUGUAAUCAUUGAAAUGACCCCUUUUAAAGCCCUUAUUUGUUCCAUUCAUGUGGCCAUGAUCAGUAGCUUUACGUGAGAAACGAUAUGUAUUAAGAGGAUCGAAUGGACUUACGCGCUUUCUUCGGUUUAAAGGACCCAAAUUUGUGACUAAGGAAAUUUAUGAUGUAGUUUUCACUUUCAUCGGUAUGUAACACCCUAUUUUUAGGGAAGUUGUAGAACUAUCAUAAGUUAACAGUUUCUGACAAUAUUUCGUCGUGACCCCAUACUUUAUUAUGCACACAGUUAAAUUUUAUAAAACUAUGGUGAAAUGCGAUAGUUUACCUAUAGGAUGAAGGCUCUGUAUUUUAAAAGUUAGGGUUGUAAGGAAAUCUUUCCAAAUUUUUAAACUAAAGGUUACUGACAACAAAAUAGACUGCAUUCCGGAAAAAAUCGUCUUAUGUGCUCUGCUUUUGAAGAAACCAUUUGAAACUAGAUAUCACUGUUAAGCUCAUAAAAUUGUCACAGUUUUUCUGAUAGGCAUGCGCUAACCUCCAAACACAACAAUGACAGUGUUUGUUUUACUGAAUAUAACCAACCUCUGCAGUACCGCAGACCUCAAAACAAACUGGACAGUACCACUCAGCAGAUAAUAGGCUAACAAAGUGUGUAAGGCUUUUUUGAUAUUCCAAUUGGUUCCUGGGAAAAUCUAGUUUUAAGUUGGACAAAAGAAAAACUUUCAGUUGGUUUCAUGCUGUGGAACACUGUGAGAGAAAGAUUUUGAGUUUUGUGAAAGCUUCACACACUAGUGUGCACCAAUAUCUGACAAACACUCUGGUCUUGGUGUUGGGCUACCAAAGUCAACAAAAUCUUUUUACUUCACCAGCCAACUGUACUACAGAAUUUCACUAGCAAAGAAUACCCUGAAAAACCUGAAAGUAAGUAAAAACCUAGUGAUAUACUAUGUGAAGUGAAUAUACACGGUCACAUUUAUGUGUAAAAAAAUUCUCUCUUUUUCUUUAUGAACUAAAAAACUGACAAAAACAGACUGCAUUGGUAAAACCAACCUUUGAUUUAUGUUUAAUAUACAUGUAGGGAGAUAGGAACUUUUUUGCUGUUUAUAAUUAUCAAUCAAUCAAAGUACAAAAUUGUGACUGAAUUCAUAAUCAUUGGCAGAAGUCCGACUGAAAUAACAUUCCAUGUUAUGCAUGUACUGUACCAGUCAUAAAUCAAGACAUGUUCUGAUAUUUAGAACUGUUUUUAUUUUUGUUUCAGAACAUAUCAACGGCUAUAUAAGGUAGGAAGAUACUUGCAUGUAUAGUAACACUUCUGGCACCCUUACAUCAAUUUGCUUAUUCUCUGUAUUGUUCUCUAUACAUUUAUCAAGGUACUGACAAGGAGAAUUUGUUCAACAGUCAAGGUCUUCAUUGGCUGGUGAUCAUUUUCUUUAUUCUCAUGACCCUAAUGUGUAAUGCAGGGGUGAUAUUGUAAGGAGAAAUUAGAAACUAGUCACCCUUAGGGGUUAAAGGGUCAAAUUGAUUUAUGAAAAAUGUUCUAUUUAUAGCCAGGGUAUCAUCUAUGCAGUUUUUGCAUUGGCUAACUGGCUGGCACCUUCUUUUGUGGGGAUAUUUGGACCAAGAGUUUCAAUGAUUGUUGGAGGGAUCUGCUAUGCGUAAGAAAUAAGUGCUAUAUUUUUAUCUUAAUUAGGAUAUUAAGUACCACUGACCUGUAUAAUUUUAGGGGUACAGCUGUAAAUACUUUUUAUGCAAUGCAAUAUUAACUGAUCCUGGUGAGGUCAUCAACAUAAUACGUCAAUCAACUCAAAGUUUCAUUAAUUAGUCAGUUACCUUAGACUGAGUUUCAAAGUGGAAGAAAUUUCAUCACACCCUUUGGCAGUUAUUUGGGAAAGAGUAUCCAGUGUAGCUCUAGCAGGUGCUAGAUCUUACUGAAAGAAAUUUUAACCCAACUCUACUUGUUCAAAAGGCUGGUAGUACUACCAAAUGGACAAAUCCCUAUCCUGCAGCAGCUGAUGAGUGCUAAGAAAAUGCACUGUGACAUCCAUCAGAUAAAGAUUUGUCCCUUGGGUAACAUUAUUCAACCUUUGAACAACCAUGGCCUGAGAGAUAGCAUGAGCUUGACACAGAUAAAAUCUAUUUUUUUAUGAGGAUGCAUCUUACUAUCUUUCAGCCUGUUUAUAGCAAGCCUCAUUGAACCAAUGGCAUGGAGUGUAUACACAGGAUCAGUUAUUAUUGGAUAUGGAGCAAGCGGUAAGUUGCUUCUUCAUCUUCUUUUUGACUGAUGUGUACCAGUACGGCAUGCUUAGUGCAAUCAUGAUGUGUGUUUAUUGUCUGUUUUACUAGUCAAAUUUAAUUCUAGCUUACUUUUUCAAUCCAGAAGGUGUUUACAUGGUAGAGUGUUAUACUUUCAUAGGUUGAAAUGAUUAUCACAAAUCAUCUCUAAAAAGCAUAAUUUCUCUAUUGAUAGUAAUAUGGACAGGUCAAGGUACCUUUCUUACAAUGAAUUCCACCCCUGAAACAAUCUCAAGAAACAGUGGCAUUUUUUGGGCAUUGCUCCAGUGUAGGUAAGUGUUUUACUGCAAGACUCUCAUUGAUUAAAUGGUUGGUACAAACACAGAUAAGAAUGCACUGUGGAAAUAGCUGGCAGUGAGGUCUACAGUAAGGUACAGUAAGUUAUUUUGGUAAUCAUAUACAGUAGACUAAAGCUUUCUGAUCUAUUGAAGACUGCUCAAAAAUUGUUCUCAUUUGUUUCUGGUUAAAUCUAGGCAAGGCUUAGUAGAAAAGAUUUCAAUUGAGGUCAGGGGUUGGGUUGUUUACAGGCCUUUUGAUGUCUAAAUGGCUGAUAUGAGAGGCAACGUCAUAGUCAAAAGCUGUACAUGAAAGUUUGGUUUGGUUUUUUCCGCAAUACUUGUGUAAAUUAAGUUUUCCUCCUUAUUCCCUUUUUUUCAAGUUGAGAACCUUGGUUGAUUUCAAAACUCAUGAUUGAAGGAAUGAGCAAAAGUCAAAACUAAUCUAUUCUGUUUCUGUUGUUGCAGCUUGCUCUUUGGGAACAUGUAUGUUUACUUUCAGUUUAAGACUCAAGUGGGAGGAAUCAGUAAGUCAACUUCCUUUUUCAUUUGCACAAGAUUCCAAUUCCUAUACAAGUACUUGCAAGUACAUUGCAUUGAUCAUGUAUACGUGGUGUCAACAUGUGUGUGAGUGUUUAACCCUGCAGAGGCCUUCACUGCUGGCUUUUCACGAACACUCCCAGCAAGUGUACAAAUUAAUUGUUACUCCAACCUGUGACAGUUGCAGAUCAUUCUUCUUAAAUGUAGAUUGUAAGAAAUUCCUUUUUUAUAAAAAUGAGAAUGAUUGCAAUUAUAAAUUACCUAACACGCUAACCUUUUUAACACAUUUACUCCAGCUCCACAUUCUCUCUCUUGAUUCUCCAUUACCUAUAAUUUAAGCUCUAAGAAACUGGUUUGACAUGUAAAUCAAUCAGUAUCCUGUCUUUGGAAUUUUUUUUCUGCUGAUUACCUUCAUUCUUGUAAUUUACUCCUUCUCUCGCAGCAAUCUGUUGGAAUUGAGUUGAAAAAAUGAAGUUGAAAUGCUUUCUUUGUAGCCUGAUUUUUCUUGCCAUUAAACUUUUAAAUUUUUUUUGUCUUGCAAAAAAAUUAAAUUUGAUUUGCUUUUCUUUUUCUUGUAGGUGACUCUGUUAGGAGAACAGUGUAUACAGUAUUCACCACUGUGUGUGGUUUAGGAAUAUGUCUGUUGUUCCUUCUUCGCAAACCAUCAAGUUUGGUAAGAAAGCAAUAAUUUGCUUAUUGUGACAUUCAUUAACAUUCAAUUAGAAAUUUGAAUUCAUAUUAAAAUGUUUAAUACUAGAGCCAUUUCUGAAUGUAUUUGCUAAAACCCAAAAUUGUCAUAAGGGUAUCAUUUUUGUUCUUACUGAUUCAAACUUGGACAACUCUUCAUGCAGUUCAUCAGUCAUUUGACUAUUUGUCUUGUGACGUAAAUCUUAAGUUUAAUUGAUAUUUUGUGUUCCCUCAAAGCCAUUAGAGGUAAAUGAGAAUGACAAUGAUGAAAGAGAAUUAAGUCAAAAUAUCAGGUGAGAGCAUUGCUUUAGUGAGUAAUUUCCAUCCCUAAACACUAAGUUGUUUAUCAACUCUUUACAAGCAGCUUCCAGUUUGUAAACAAAAUGUGGUUUGGUUCAUACAAUAACUGUUGUUUUACAUCAUGGCAAUGAAGAGUUUUAUUUUCUAUUAUCUGUGGGUGUUUAUAGGUUAAUGAAUUACACUGCAUUCUAAACAUGCAUUGUGGCAAGACUUGACUACCAAGUACUAUAUUCUUCUGAAUUUAUUGACUGAAAUAUUUUCAGGCAACUUCCCAGCACUGAGAGAAGAGGUGCUCUGGAGUCACUCAGUAAGCUUUUACUUAUAAUUUGUCUGAUGAAUACUCUUCCUUUUAAUCCUUUAACUCCCAUGAGUAACCAAGACAGAAUUUCUCCUUACAAUAUCGAUACAAUAUCAACCAGAUAAGUGAUGAGAAUAAAGAAAAAUAUCAAUUUAGGGAUAACUAGUUGAUCCAACACCAAAUUCUCUGAACUAACUUAAUAAGAAUUGUAUGGUUGAUAGUAAGGAGAAUUAAAACUUUGAUCUGGGAGUUAAAGGGUUAAUAACUCUUUACAUCAAUAUGUCAGUUUGCAAGGUCUUCACACUGUUUUAGAACUAUAUAUUUCCUAUCAGAGGUAAUUAUAUGUACCAGGAGAAUUUGUCCCACAAUCACGAGUUUCUUGAGUUCAUGAUUAUAUCCUUUAUUCUCAGGACCCUAAUUUUUGCUUCAGGAAUGAUAUGGUUGGGAGAAAUUACAUGCUUAUCACUCCCAGGGGUUAAAAGUUAAAUAUGGCAUGAAAUUAUUCCAUGGAGUUGGAUACACAGCUUAUUAAAAAUAGGUGUUUGAAUAACUAACAGUAAAUGUUUCCCUUAUGGAUUUUGUGUGCUUUGUAUGUAAAAUUCUGCAUCUCUGAAGGUUUUCUUUUGCCUUUUUUUUUUUUUUUUUUUGUAGAGGUUGCUGUAAGACUGUUUUUCACAAAGGAUAUGUUUUUCCUCAGCUUGUGCUUUGCAUACACAGGUUUGUUUACCUGUCUUUUUGUUACAGCCACAAAAUAAUGCAUUAAAAUGUUGCUAGCUUUUAAAAUUCUGUAAGUUUAAAACUGUAAACUCAAAUUGGGGAGCAGAAUAUCAUUAGAACAGAUUCAAUUUUUGACCUUGGAUUAUGUGUAAUUGCAACAUUUACAGUUCUUUGAAAUAAUAGUGAGUUUAUGUUGCAGGUCUUGAGCUCACAUUUUUUAGUGGUGUGUAUGGCACUUGUGUUGGUAAGUCUAACAAACCUCUGGCCCUAUUGGUACAGUAAUUAUUUUCUGUUCCUGUGACUGGAGUGCAAAAUUUUCCAUAUUAUUUGAUGACUGAUCAGAGUAGUAUUUGUUGGUUGUAUAUAAUUCUGCAAUGUAAAGUGGAUCAAUAAUAUUUUUGGGUGGAGAACGUGUAUGUAUUUUGUGGUUAAUGUGCCACUAAUUUACAGUUCACGUUUAUCUAUACUUGUUUGUAGAAUAAUUUACAAUUAAUUGAUGCUUAUUGCUUUGAUAUAUUAUUAAUUACAAUUAUGUUAAGGCAAUUGGAUACAACUGUAAGUUAAUUUUUUUUAUGCUGAAAGGAAACACACUUCUCUUCCCCAAUUCUAAACGUCAAAUUGGAUUGGUGGGAAUGCUCAUUGGUUGUGGUGAGAUAAUUGGUAAGAGGCUCAAGAUCGUUGUCUGUUAUUUUGAUAUACUUCAGCAGUCUUGAAUUUUUUUAUGUAAUAUAUAAAGCCCUUUUAAAGCAUCUUCUAAUUUUAGUUCAGUUACAUUUUCUGUACUACGAAAAUUGAAAAUAUUUAAAGUAAAUUCCAUGCAAUGUACUGGUCAUAUUUGACAAUUUUUCUUUUUGGCCCUCAAAGUAAGUCAGUAGAAAGGAUUUGUUAUCAAUAUAUGCAUGUGCUUGUAAUAAUUCUUCAAUAUUAUUGUAUGACUAAAUGGUUAACUAUCAAUAGGCCUAUUACAUUUUAGUGAACGGUGUUUUAAACUCCUUAUUUUGUCUUUGAUUGUCUCAUUGUUAGGUGGCCUUAUAUUUGGAAUCUUUGGCAAAAGAAGUAACAAGUUUGGUAGAGAACCCAUUGUCCUUUUUGGAGCACUUGUUCACUGGAUUUGUUUUCUUCUUAUCUUUUUCAACAUUCCUCAGGAAGCUCCUAGUGGACCAGUAUCAGAAGGAGAGAAUUACCAUGUAUUUCCAAAAGGGCCCAAGUAAGAACAUCUUUCAGAGAGGCUUCAAUAGUGUUCUCAUAUUUUUUAAUCUUCUGUCUUCUCCUGUGAACUGAGCUCACUGUAAUCAAUUCACACCUUUCUAUUCUGUGAAGAGUUGGUUUCUCUAAUGCUCAGAAAGAGAGAAACCACUGUCUGCAAACAAGCUUUUGUUUUGCUCUGUAAUACUGUGGGGAAACAACUACAAGUAACCUUUGACUAAGUAAACCAACCACAAGCUUGUUUUGGGUUUUGACAUGCGGCUCAAUUGCAACACUGCAACUGCGUACUGUCAGUUAUGCAUUUUAAUACUCAAAAUUAAGCAUUAUAUCAUAAGUUGAAUUAUGCAUGCAUUUUGAUGGGUUUGUUUGAUCUAUUAGAGAACAGACACACAGACAAUGUCUCUGUUAACAUAUUUUGCUACUUUAUUUUAUAACAUUAAUAGAUUCCAUGUUGGUGUGGGACUGUUCAGUAAUAGGUUGCAGAAAAUGUUGAAAUGUGGUAAGACCAUGGCUGACACACUUGGCUGCACCUUGCAUGUCACCUUUUUUGUUUUUUCCACAUUUUGAAGUCAUCUGUGAUCUAUUACUGAACAGUACAUGGCCACAUGGAUUCUACAUAGAAUUUUUAAUUGCAUACUGUUUUUAAGGGGUUCGAUUCCAUUGAUAGCAAUAAAAGUUGACGUAUGGUGUAUAAAAGUCAUAAAUAUGCUGAUGUUUUAUUAUUUCUGCAGCUUACCUGUUGCUUUGCUUUGUGGUUUCCUUCUGGGGUUAGGAGAUAGUAGCUUUAAUACACAGGUACUGUCUUGUUUGAUGUUUCAUACUAAACACGGACAGCUAUUUAUUUGGCAAGCAGUGGUGAUCUUGACAUUUUGGCGCAGCUUGCCCGUGUCAAAGGGCAAUAUACAAUCAAUUCCAGUUUUUAAAGAGGUCCCAAGGUUAAAUGGUAACUGCAGUGGACUUGCAUUUGGUCUAAAUGUCUGCUGUGUUGUGUUCAUGGACACAUUAGAUUACUCUUGCAGUGACUCUCUCUGCCUAGGAGUGUAACUGAAUUUCGGUAAACUGUCCAAGAAGCCUGACCAAUAUUGUUAGGGAGCAACUUUCUCUUGGAUGACAUUUAUACAGUAUGUGGCAAGAGAUUUGUAGAGUUGAAAUGUUCAAGCAGCUUCAUAAACUGGGAUAGAUUUACUAUAUUGAUACAUUUAGUUUGGGCCACUGUCUCAGGCUAGUGUGUUAGGCUUUUGUCAAAUAUUUCAAUAUGAUCUUACAUUAAAUUUUUUUUUCCCUUUUUCCUCCCAGAUUUAUGCAAUUUUGGGUUCUCUGUAUGAAAAAGAUAGUGCUCCAGCUUUUGCAUUGUUUAAAUUUGUACAGGUUGGUUCACAUAAAUAAUUAUCUGUAACAAAUAUUGUUCACACUGUACAUUUGUAUGGGAGUCAAAUGGACCAAGGUUUUUUAUUGGAGAUGACCAGAAAAUGAUGGGUUAAGCUUUGCUCUUUGUGAAUGAGUAUUAGCUUGUCCAAUAUUGUUGUGACACUGCUUACGAAUUGAAAAUUGAGUAUUUUUGUGCAUUUUUCUGGUACAUGGAUUAAACUUUUACACUCUAGUAGAAGUUUGCAUCUUCUCUAUGCUGUUCUGUACCGUACAUUUUCUAAGGUGUUAACAAGCAGAAUUUCUUUAACAAUCAAGAGCUUCUUUAGUUGGUGAUUAUUUCCUUCAUUCUUUUAGACCUUAGUGUGUGAUUUAGGGGUGUUAUUUUGAGGAGAAAUUAGAUUCUAGUCACUCUUAGAGGUCAAAGGUUUUAGAAAAGAACUAGUGGCUAUCAUAUCAGUGGCAGACCUUAUGAAGUUACAACCAGUAAGUUAUACCUCCUUUAGCAAUCAAACAUUUGCUCAAACAAUUUUUUGCUUUGGUUCAUGGGUUGACCAUCGUAAAUAACUUUGCUUGUACUCGUUGGUGACAUUGAGUAUCAAGAAGUACAAGAAGUUAGCCAUUUGUAACAAUAAAACUACUAGUAAAUUGUAUUCUUAUUCAAAUGAAAUCGAAAUUUUUGUUUCAGUCCCUUACAGCAGCCAUUGGAUUCUUCUACAGUCUAAGGUUAAAUUUACCAUGGCAACUGCUUAUUCUGGUGAGUCAGUGUUUGGUGUUACAGGCUUGAGAUUCUUUUUGGUCAAGGACCCAGUUAUAUCUAGAGUACCUUAAGGUCACAGAAUCAGUUCUGAAAAUUUGUAAAAAUUCAAGAUGAUUCAAAUUGGUCUAACCUUACCUCCUCUCCUAGUACUUUCCUUUUAGAAUAAUUGAAGGUUCUUGGGAAAGGAUCAUUAUUCAAGAUUGCAGACCUUCCUUUCUCUGGGACAGUUUGUUCUUAGCUUAUUCUCUGGGCUUGUUUUAAGAUUGUGACAAUCACAGCUUAAGUAGCACUUUUUUUUUUGCAUUAACAUGAUGAAGUGGUCAUAAGGUAUUGUCUGCCAAUAUCGUUAUUUUUCUUCCAUAGGUAUGAAACUCAUACUCACAUUUUUUGCAUUUUAAUUUCCAAGACCUCUGUGGUCCAAAAUGAAUUGCUUUAAUCUCAAGUUUACUCUGCACUCAUUUCAUGACAAAGCUCCUCUUCAAAUAGGUGUGCUUCUGUAUCUGUAACAAUUUGACACAAGAAAUGUAUUCCUCUUGCUCUUCCAUUUCAGGUGGUUUCUUCACUUUUUGGAACACUUGGUUUCUUUCAAGUAGAGUGGAAAGCAAGAAGAGUGGCUAAUCAGGGUUAUGCUCCUAUAUCAAGUUGA